GCGGUGUACAGCAGGGGCAGAGAGGCAGCGAAGGAGUAGGCGAAGAUGAACUCACGUGACCGACAAUUUUGGACAGAAUUUCUGCUGCUCUACCGAUCGCUGCCCGCCGUGUGGAAGGUGCGUAGUCCGCAGUACAGCAGUCGGGCCAUGAAGACCGCCGGAUAUGAGCAGCUGGUGGGUAAGCUGCGCGAGGUGGAGCCGCAUGCCAAUCGCUCGCUGGUGGUCAAGAAGAUCAAUUCGUUUCGCACCAAUUUUCGGCGGGAUCAGCGCAAGCGAGAGCAGUGCAUCGAGGAGGGGCAGCCCUUUGAGUCCACUUUGUGGUACUUUGAACUGCUGGGGUUCCUCGCGGGGCAGGAGGAUGAUGCCGCUGUGCCAGUUCCAGGAGCAACCAGCGAUAGUGGAGCAGCAGCCUUGGAGUUGAAUGGCGAGGAGCUCUUCUAUCCCGCCUAUGAAAUAACUUCGCCCAAAAGGCGCCGCAGGCUCAUUAAAGAGGAAUCGCUGGCAUCUCCUGCUUCCUGUCCCUCGCCGGUGGCUACCAACUAUUCCUGCUCCACCUAUCAACAGAUCCCCGAGCGCAGAGCCUGUCCCAGCGAAACGGAGGCCUUGGCCCACACCUGGAGCAGUCAGUUCCAGGAGCUCUCGCAGCGUCAGCGAGUACUCGCUCGAAAGCUGAUCUCGGAUGUGCUCUACUACGGCUGCAUGGAGCAACUGCAGCCCAGCCAUGUCGAGCAGCUGCAGCAGAUGAUGGCGGAGGGAAGGCACACAAAUGCCUUGCCGCAGGUGGAAAAUGUUUCGGGUUCAACGGAUGUGGCGAGGGGGAAUUCAGAGGGUGGGGAUACUUGAAAGGUUGGGCCAUAAAUGGGAG